AUGCCCGCAGCGGCUCUAGAAAUCCAGAUGCUGGGACGAUCAUCGGCCUUCAGCGCAAAGACUAAUACGACAUGCGCGAAGCUCAACUUUGCCAAAGGCUGGAAGUCGACCAUGCGAAACCCGGCGAGUCUGUACGUCAACUUCGAUACCGAUAUUGGCCGCCUGCCUCCAUUGUCGACAUUCCAUGCGACGCUGCAUCUGCAGAGCAACGACUCCGAAGAGAUCAGCUGCCGACAAGCAAACAUAACUCCUACGCUCGAUCCGACCACGAUAUCUGCAAUUGGCUACACGACAUGGGGCGUCUUCUUCUUCGUGUUUCUUGUCGGCGUCUUGCGCUCCGUCUACAGUGCCCCAGUGACGCUCGACGAGGAACAGCGUUCCAUACGGACGGUCCUUCCGAACGUCGGCGAUUGCUUGCAGUACAUCCAAUUUGUCUUUUUGACUGGUGGGCUCAGCCUCAGGUAUCCCGGCUUCUACCAGCCUAUGGUCAGCAACUUGAAUUGGUUCUCGCUUUUCGUGGUUGGGCCUGUUACACACGGGGUGACUUAUGACAAAGCCCAGGAUGGAAUCUACGUCAUGAAUGGCACGUAUGGCGGUACAUUUGGUCUGGAGUUGAUGACCCAAAUUGCAGGUGCUCCCAUGACGAUGGAUACCUGGGUCAAUAUGGUUGUUCUCAUGGUGAUUGUUGCUCUCGGCUGCGCCGUGGUGAUCGAGGUCGUGUGGCUCGUGAACCGUCACCGAAAUUCCGAUGGCGAGGUUUCUGAAUCAACUGUCGGCUUGCGACACACUUUCAGCCGUGUCCUUCGAAUCAUACUGUCCUACUUCAUGUUGCCCUUGGCGGCCCUCUCCUUUUAUCAGCUGGACCACGCCUCGUUCUUGCCAGCAUACCAUACGUCCCUCGCAGUGGCGCUCAUUGUUGCCAUGAUGGGCGCGUUCAUUUGGCUUCUCCGUCAAAUUCCUACGCACAGUCUUGGCGUCUUGAUUUUCGACAGCACGAAGCGGUAUAGACGGAUCGCGCCUACUGAGGACUUCCGACGACAUGACCAGACCUUCAUUCUCAUCCUAUUCGUUUUGGUUUUCGUUCGUGGCGCGGCCAUCGGCGGGUUGCAGAUCUCGGGCCCGGCGCAGCUGGCCGUCCUUGGAUCAUGCGAACUUCUGCUCUUAGCGAGUAUUGCCGGGUUCCAGGCCUAUUCUACUUUUUCCAUUGGCGCGAUUGCGGCGACCAUGCGCCUCUGCAGCUUAAUAUUCAUGGUGUCGUUCCUGCCGGACCUUGCGGGACACGAGACGAAAAGCGCCAUCGGCUACUUGCUUCUGGCACUGCACACCGGCAUGCUUCUAUUGGGCUUCUUUGUCCCGGCGGUCUGCGACCUUGUUGCGCUGUGCCAGACGUGGUGGAAAGCUCCAAGGCCUGACGUAUAUGGACUCCGACAGCUUAGACGUCGUCAGGUAUCGAGAACAAACCUUUCUACAAUGUACGACGCCGACAGCUCCUACGGGUUGCCCUCUGAGCACGACGCAUUCGGGGAACCUGCUGCUGGCUACCUUCACCCAACGUACCGCCCUGAUAGUCCCAGCACAUUGCGUCUGAAUUCAUCAACUACAUCAAGUCGAUACUAUCGCCCUCCUCGCUCACCAUCGCGUGGGACGUCCAUCUCUUCUUCCGAUUACUAUCGAAGAUCCGAAAGCAUUGCGUCGCCAGCUUCGUCUGCUUACCCACCAUCGAGAAGCACAUCCGCAUCCACCACCCUGGCAGAGAAGCGAUCCAUCCAGCGUUCCGAGUCCAUCAUGUCGCCGGGUAGGCUAUCAGAGGAAUCAAUAGAGGAAGAGGAUUCAGCCCAUGAGCCUCAAACAUCAUCGACCAAGGCCGAUGGAAGGCCACUUGGUCCACGAUGGAGCGACUACUCAUUCCGCGAAGCCGACCUAUACUACGGCGCCCCUAGACCGGCGCCCGCCACACGAGCAUCUGAAGAAAUUCCCCGCCCUCCUGCUCCCAAGCCAUCACUUCGAUCUACUUCUGGUAUUUGGGCCAAGUUCACUGGCCAGCCAAGUAUAGAGCACGGAUUUCAGGUCGUGAGACCACCUCGACCUGAGCAGGGCUUUGUUGUUGUCAGACCUAACAGGCCAAGCAACCUCAGCAGUGGCUCAAGCUCGAGCGAUGGAGAGACGAGAUGA